UAAAGAGUCUAGCAACGAAUUUCCUCCACUCAUAGGACACCCCUAUCUACUCAGGAAAAGCCAAGAGAAAUUUUUUGUUUUACUGUAAAUGCCUCUUUUAUAAUAAGACUUUUGCAGCUGCUGAAACUGCUCUCACUCUCUCCCUCACUCUCAAUACACAAACCCAGAGGCAAGAUCUGCAAGACCCAUAUUCUUGCUUGUCUUCCUGCCUUUUCAGGCGGCUUAAAGCAAGGAGUAGGUGAAAAUGGCACAAAUCUUGGCGCCCUCCACACAAUGGCAGAUGAGAAUACAAAAGAACUCGACGCCCAUGAGUCCCUUGACAGCAAAGAUGUUUAAUUCUCUAUUUUUAAAGCAGAACAAGAAGGGAACAGCUAGAAACACUGCCAGACUUAGAGUAUUUGCCAUGAAGUCUGACAACAGUACCAUCAAUAGGCUUGAGGAUCUCCUCAAUUUGGACAUCACCCCGUACACUGACAAGAUCAUUGCGGAGUAUAUUUGGAUUGGAGGAUCUGGUAUUGAUGUGCGAAGCAAGUCAAGGACGAUCUCAAAGCCUGUGGGACAUCCAUCCGAACUUCCUAAGUGGAAUUAUGAUGGAUCAAGUACUGGACAAGCACCAGGAGAGGAUAGUGAAGUUAUUCUAUACCCUCAAGCAAUUUUCAAGGAUCCAUUCCGUGGAGGUAACAAUAUCUUGGUAAUUUGUGACUCAUACACGCCAUCAGGUGAGCCUAUCCCUACAAACAAACGACACCGUGCUGCCCAGAUUUUCAGUAAGCAGAAGGUUGUAGAUGAAGUGCCAUGGUUUGGGAUAGAGCAAGAGUACACCUUGCUCCAACCAAAUGUGAAGUGGCCUUUGGGCUGGCCUGUUGGAGCCUAUCCUGGUCCUCAGGGUCCUUAUUACUGUGGAGCCGGUGCUGAUAAGUCCUUUGGUCGUGACAUAUCGGAUGCUCACUAUAAGGCUUGUUUAUAUGCUGGAAUUAACAUUAGUGGUACCAAUGGGGAAGUUAUGCCCGGCCAGUGGGAGUAUCAGGUGGGUCCCAGUGUGGGAAUUGAAGCUGGAGAUCAUAUCUGGUGUUCAAGAUACAUUCUUGAGAGAAUCACUGAACAAGCUGGUGUCGUUCUCACGCUUGAUCCAAAACCAAUAGAGGGUGACUGGAAUGGUGCAGGAUGCCACACCAACUACAGCACGAAGAGCAUGAGGGAAGAUGGUGGCUAUGAAGUGAUAAAGAAAGCGAUUCUGAAUCUAUCUCUUCGCCAUAGGGAACAUAUUAGUGCCUAUGGUGAGGGAAAUGAGAGAAGGUUGACUGGAAAGCAUGAAACAGCCAGUAUUGACACAUUUUCCUGGGGAGUGGCUAAUCGUGGUUGCUCGAUCCGGGUUGGCCGUGAUACUGAGAAGAAUGGCAAAGGUUAUUUGGAAGAUCGACGCCCAGCCUCAAACAUGGACCCUUACGUGGUGACCUCAUUACUGGCAGAGACUACACUUUUGUGGGAACCAACACUGGAGGCCGAAGCUCUUGCGGCUCAGAAGUUGUCCUUAAAAGUUUAAUCUUUAGUUGGUUGAAGAGCUUAGGAAGUAAUCACUCAAAUUUAGUUGGCCUGUGCACGGAAAAGUUUUUGCUUCUUCAGUGAUCUUUGUAAAUAAAGGUCCUGAUGUGAAUAGAUUGUUCAUGCCCAAGCUCUUAAUGGCCUUUCAGAUGGAAAAACAUCAUAUGCAUUAGAGUUGUUUGGUAUUAUGGGCAAUUAAUUGAUAUUUUGUACCAUUGGCAUCUUGGACCUUUUUCUCCUGCUUCUUGACAAUUUAUGGGUAUUUUAAUUUGGUGAUAUCACAUUGAUCAUCUGGAUUUGUUUCA